UAUCAAUAAUUUUUGAUAAUCUAUACUUUAUAUCUCAGUUGUUCAAUAACUAUUUAUUUUACUAUAUUUAUUGUGAAUUAACUCAACACAGUAAUAAUGAAUAACGACCAAUGUGACGGAGAUAUAGUAAUGCAGGAAGAAGUGACAAAACAAAGAAUGUUGGCCCAGAAAAAAGAAAAAAAAAUAAAAAUUAUUCGGAUUUUGACCGUGAUCGCUUAUCUAGUGUCCGUGUCUACUGUGGCAACCCUGUUGUCGGCGUAUUAUAUUUUUAUUUGGAACCCACAAACUGGCAAUAACACCCAAACGCCUAAUGCUGAAAGAUUGGUUAUAGCGUUACAGAGGGCUAGUAGUGAAUACGUUUUCGCUAAUAGCGCAGACCACGAACAUACAGAUAAUGGAAGAUUUAUAUCUGAAGUGAAAAAUAGUUAUAAGACUAACGAUCAAUCCAACAAUCCAGAACAGUCCAUACAAUUUCAAACAUCAACAAUCAAAUCUUCGACUUCUCACGUUCAAACGCCAUUUGGUAACAUUUCAGAAUCAUUAAGUGUGGCUAAAAAUUUGUCAUAGCCUUAAGGACAUAUAUUGUUGUCAAAUAAUAUUGUAUCUAAAUUUAAUUUUAAACUUUGAUAUGAAUGAAAAAAAAUAGGAAUAUUGCUUGCAAUAUUGUUUAAUAUUAAUAUUUAUAUUGAUUUUUUAUUUUAU